AUGUCCCUGACCUACAAGCGGCCGCCAGCAACACUCUUCACGCCCCAGCCCCGGCCGCUCUCGUACGCGGCAGCGCAGCGCUACCGCCCGUCGUGCCGCAGCGAGCCCCGCCUCCUCCGCCCGGGCUUCGCCUCCGCAUGUGGUGGCGGUGGUGCACGGCGGCCGUACUCGACGCCGGUGCCGCCGCCUCCACCGACAGAGAAAACCGACGCCACCGCUGUAGAUGGCGGCACGCUCCCUGGGGCGCCGCGCACGAAGAAGCAGAAGGUCGACCUCCACCCUGCGCCCGUGCGCCCCAAAACUGCCGCGGGACCGAGCGCGCCCAAGGCCAGCAGCAAGCCAGCGGUCACGGCGGCGGCGGCCACAGCGACGACAGGUUCUGUAGGUGCACAUCCUGCGGCGGGCAGCACAGGCGUCGUCGCCCAGGCGAAGGCGGACGUCGAAGACGCGGCGCAGCACGGGAUCCUGAAGCCGCCGCCCGAGGACGCAGGGCGGCUCAUGAGGCUCUGGCACCAGGCGAAGGAACUCUUUAAAUUCUACGUGCGCGGGCUCAAGCUGAUCCACACGAACCGGAAGCGCGCGAACGCCAUGCGGGAGCGUGUGAAGAACGGGGGCCCGCCGCUGACGCGGUGGGAGACGCGGUUUGUGAGGACGUACCAGGAGGACGCGCUCAAGCUCAUACCCUUUGCGCUGAUCAUCCUCAUCGCGGAGGAGGCGAUCCCGCUCGUGGUCGUGUACGCGCCGUUCCUCCUGCCCUCGACGUGCAUCCUGCCGUCGCAGAAGGAGCGCAUAGACGCGAAGAAGCGGGAGAAGAAGGCGGCCUGUGCGUCUGCCAUGGCCGACAUCUUUGAGGGCAUCCGGCAGCGGGCCCUGGCCGACUCCUCGGCAGACUCCGCGUCCCUCCUGGGCUCCAGAACCGAUCUCGUUGCCGUCGGCGGCCUCCUCGGCCACUCAGCUUACGGUUGGGGCUCGCUCCGCGUACGCAGGAUCCAGCGGCAUCUGUUGCAGGUUGCAGGGGACGAUGCCCUGCUUCUCAAGGAGGACAUGGGCAAGGCCCUGACUCUGGCCGAGCUUCAAGAAGCGUUGGACGAGCGCGGAAUUCUGACCGACGGCCUCUCGCACAAGCAGCGGCAGGCCCGUCUGCAUUGGUGGCUUACGCAGGUCAGCCAGCACAGCCAGGCUGCAGAUCCGGUCGCACGCCGAAUCGUUCUCGUCGCUUCUAGUGGGGCCGGUCGUUUCUGA